AUGUCUUUUACGACGGAAGCCUUUACGUUGCUAGGCGUCGGCAUCGCCUUCAUCAUCCUGCGAUGGAUAGUGCGGAUCAACGCCGUUGGGUUUCGCGGCCUGCAGGCAGAUGACUUCCUGAUGGUAUUAGUAGUGCUCUCGUACAGUAUUGAGACAAUACAAGGUUACAACGUCGGUGCUCUCGCCCACGGAUUAGCUAAUAAUACCAUGUCCGAUGUGGAAAGAACAUUGCUCGAUCCCAAUAGUGAUGAAUACCGAUGGAGGGUGGAAGGAUCAAAAACCCAGGUAAGGAGCUGGUCAGCCUACGCGUGUGUCCUGUGGUGCCUCAAAGCGGCGAUGUGUACUGUGUAUAUGAGGCUCACAGACGGACUGGAUGGCUACCGAACGCGUAUUUAUGUCGGGUAUUUCCUGAUUUUCAUCACUUGGGUUACCGUGAUAUGUUGCAUUCUAUUUGCGUGUCGGCCAUUUGAGAAGAAUUGGCAGAUCAAUCCCAACCCAGGCAAUGUUUGCCAACCGGCAGUUUCCAAGGUUAAUUUAUUCACCAUGGUAACGCUUAAUGGUGGGACCGAUCUAUACCUGCUCAUUAUUCCGAUGCCGAUGCUGUGGGCUGCACGGAUGCCUCUUCGUAGGAAGCUGGCUCUGACUGCAGUCUUCUCGGGUGGCAUUUUUGUGACCAUGGCUGGUGUCUGGCGAUGCGUUCUUAUUUUGAAGCAUCCAAUCCGAGGCGCUGAGGAAUCAGGCAGCUGGGCGUGUCGAGAAUCAUUUGUUGCCAUCAUAACAACCAACUUUCCCAUUGUAUUUCCUCCACUGCAGCGAAUGAUUUUGAACACCUGGGAGGCAUACUCUCCAAAACGCAGUGGAGUUCAUCAACCUGAUCCUGUUCGCCUCGAGGAUCACCCUCCAUCGGAUAACGGGUACCUGCGAAGAAGAACAGACACGAUACUGAAAACACUGUCAUCAUGCCCUGUUAGGAGAGACAGCGUAUUUGAUGGAAGCACUGAUAACCUCAAUCAGCAACAUAGGAUUCGAAGGGACAUCGAGGUGCGGAUAUUUCAGGAAAUCAGACUCGACGACGAGACUGAACGGAGACUUGGAACGAGCCUGGGGCCAAAUUUGCCCGAGAAUGCGAGCUCGGAACUUGACCUAUCAAGGUCUAGGGAGCAGACACAGUACUAUUGGAUUAAGUAA